UCAGUCAUUUAUUUAAAAUCCAAUAUAUUCCGAAAUUGAUUAUGACGAAAUUGAAACCAAAUCUACCCAAUCAAUUUUAGAUAAAUUUCUAUAUUCGUUACUAGUUUUCUGUAAAAAAAAAUCGAUGUUAUAAUUAAAAACACUCCCAAUUUUGAUCGCAAGACAAUGACAAACACACGUAUUCUCUUUAUUUAAAAUCCAAUGUAUUCCGAAUAUUCGAGCCAUAAAAUUCCUUCGUUCUCUUUAUAUAGAAAAAUAAAAAAUCAAGAAACAAUUUUGGCCAACCAAGUUGACUUUCAGAGUUUGUCACGAUCGAUAUAGUUGCAUAAGCUUAUUGUAACGCCAACAAGAUUGAUCCAGCUAGCGACCAUAUCAACUACCAAGAGGUAUGCGUAGUCUUAUUAAGUUUUUAACCAAUUUAUUUUUAACCAUUUCAUUACUAAAACUCGACGUUAGGAAGAAAGAAAAACCUGAAGAAUUACAUAUGGUUGUUGUUGGUUUAGAACACUCAGCCUCAGGCUCUUAAUCAUGAUGAUGAUUUGAAAUGAUCAUUUGAAUUUUUUGGAAACAUAUUAUAGUAAUUGAUAACUAGCCAUAUACAGUAAGUAAUAGUAAUAUAUAUGUAGUCUAAUAAAGAAAAAUAUCUGAAAACUUUAUAACUAUAUUAAAAAGGAUUAAGAUAAUAAUUGUGGACGUAAGCAUCAUUACAUUACAUUACUUGUGCAAGUGAUGAUUGAACCAUUCAAACCAACCGAGCGGUAAAACGCCGUGACAGAUAUUUACCAAAAUACCGAAACUACCCUUAACCGGUAACUAUCACCGUCCCUGCCACGCCUCCUUUCAAAAAGAUCUUCCUUCCUUCUCUUCCUAAAGUGUUCUCUCACGAUUCUCUUUAUACCCCAAACAUGCCUCUGAUUCUUUCUACGUAGUCAUUCAUUUAGAUUCUAGGGACAUUUCAGAUCAUGGGGAUUCUCCGGAACUCGGUUAUAGGGAUACCGGUUUUGGUGGUGGCGUUGUUCUUGGUACGAGUUGUAUUGUUCAAAACCGGUUUGAUUUACACGGUUAAGCAAUGGCGGAUGAAGAUCGUCGAUUGGUUUCACGUUUAUCAGUUCUACAGAGUCCCUGAGUUCAACGAUAACUUGCAGGAGAAUCAACUCUACCGUAGGGUUCACGCUUACUUGAAUUCACUCAGCUCCAUCGAGAAUUCGGAUUACACAAACCUCUUCGCUGGGAGAAAGUCAAACGAGAUCAUCCUCCGUCUCGAUCGGAACCAGGUGAUCGGAGACGAGUUUCUCGGCGCUAGAGUCUGUUGGAUCAACGGAGAAGACGAAGACGGUUCGAGGAGUUUCGUUUUGAAGAUCCGAAAAGCUGAUAAACGGAGGAUCCUCGGUUCCUAUCUCAACCAUAUACACACAGUCUCGGAGGAGCUGGAGCAGAGGAACAAGGAGCCGAAGCUGUUCAUGAACGUCGCCGGAAACGAGGAGAAGAUCGGGAGAUGGAGAUCGAUUCCGUUUACUCACCCUUGCACCUUCGAUAACAUCGCCAUGGAGGCGGAUCUGAAGGACAAAGUGAAGUCCGAUCUCGAAUCGUUUCUCAAAGGGAAACAGUUUUACAAUCGACUCGGACGAGUGUGGAAACGGAGCUACCUUCUCUACGGACCUUCCGGCACCGGAAAAUCAAGCUUCGUGGCGGCGAUGGCUAGUUUUCUAAACUACGAUGUGUACGAUAUAGAUCUAUCCAAAGUAGAAGACGACUCGGAUCUCAAGAUGAUUCUGUUACAAACCACGUGUCGAUCCGUGAUCGUCAUCGAGGAUCUAGAUCGGUUCCUCUCGGUUAAAUCAACGGCUCUGAGCGUUUCCGGUGUUUUGAAUUUCACCGACGGGAUUCUCAGCUCAUGCGCCGCGGAUGAACGGAUCAUGGUCUUCACCAUGACGUCUAAGGAGCAGAUCGACCCGGCGGUGCUCCGUCCGGGUCGGGUCGACGUUCACAUCCAUUUUCCGUUAUGCGAUUUCACGGCGUUUAAGGCGUUGGCGAGCAGCUACUUGGGGUUGAAGGAGCACAAGCUCUUCCCUCAAGUGGAAGGCAUAUUCCGAGACGGUGCGUCUCUAAGCCCCGCCGAGAUCGGAGAACUGAUGAUCGCCAACAGAAACUCGCCGAGCCGUGCGCUUAAAUCGGUGAUCAACGCGUUGCAAACGGACGGUGAUCGGAGGGGAACUCCGGCGAGUACGAGACGGUUGUUUCACGAAAGAGCGUCGUCGGAAGAUUACGAAGGAGAUACGAGUGGGCCUUUAUGCGGCGGAGGAAGUUCGCCGGCGGUGAAGGAGUUCAAGAAGUUGUACGGACUAUUGAGGUUGAAAAGCAACAGGAAAUCUCAGUCGUUCAAUCUGACUCGGGAGCUAAGGAACGGUUCGUGAUCUGAAACUUUAAAAGUCAACUGACAAGUGGAGAUCUGUGAUUGGCUGUGAGAGUAUGAACAAAAACAAUUGUUUCCUCAGUAUUUAGUUGAAUAUGUACAUAAGUUUUAAUAUUUAUGGUUUGAUGACUCACAUUUUUUACAUUUUAAACCAUUUUUCUUCUUCCAAACAGCUUAAAUUUGUAAUUUUCAUGUAAAUUUAGAAAAUUAGAGUUCUUGAUGAACACACAUUUUGUUUUUUUAA